GAUGUCCCCCAGUCCCGCCCCACCCCCCCACAUCAUGUAUAACCCCACCCAGCACGUGGUGACCUACGCUGGCUUCUGCCCCAACGGACAGGCCCUGCCCGCCUACCCCAACUACCCCGCUUUGCCCAUGCAGCACCACAGCAGUUACCAGGGCCCCUCCACCCCCCAGCCCGGCCUGGAGAUGACCCUAACCCCCUCCUCUCCGUCAGAGGAGAGCCAGAGCCAGCCUUCUGCCCAGGCCCCCAGCCAACCCACCUUCCAGACUGGCUCCCAGGACCCUGGUCAGGGUUACAUGCUAACACCCAACGCCCCUGCCCUCUACCCUGGCCCCGUCUACGGGCCCUCCGGCUUCGAGAAGCCCCCUCCUUAUGCAUGCUGAAUGCCAACCUGACCUUUAGCCUUUGACCUUUAGGCCAGGGUAAGAGAGGCUAAUGUCCAGAAACAACACCUAGCCUCUGUCACCUGGUCAGCACAGACAUGAAGGAAUCAGCUCGGUGUGACAGCUUCCAUAUAUCCUAUCAAUCAAUCCGAUAUGGCUUCCAUAUAACAAAUAUAUCCUUCCAAUCAUUGCUUCAUACGGCCAGCUAUGUGAUUCCUUUUGAUCUGCACACAACGAACGAGUUAGGGAAUAAAAGGGACUAGGAGAUAUGGGGCUAGGAGACAAGGGGCUAGGAUAAGGGACUAGGAGACAUGGGGCUAGGGGAUAAGGGACUAGGGCUUCUUUCUGGACUAGGCCAGAGAAUGUAGCACAAGCAGGGUUGGGGAGGUUACUUUUAAAAUGCACCUGUCCAAAAUAGUAAUUAUUGGAUUACUCAAACGAAGUAAUGUAAUCUGAUUACUUUUACUUUUGCAAUUAGAUUAGAGGCAUUUGAAGAAGACAAACUGGCAUACUACCAAUUGCACAACAUUUAUUGCAGGAUAAAUCAAUGGGAAGUGGUCCAGAUACAGCCUCUAGCCUCUCACCUGGUUAGCAGUUAGCACAGACCUGAAGGAACCAGAUGGUGUGAUGGCUUCCAUCUACCCUUCCAACCAAUCAGAUAUGGCUUCCAUCUACCCUUCCAAACAAUCAGAUAUGGCCUCCAUCUACCCUUCCAACCAAUCAGAUAUGGCCUCCAUCUACCCUUCCAACCAAUCAGAUAUGGCCUCCAUCUACCCUUCCAACCAAUCAGAUAUGGCCUCCAUCUACCCUUCCAACCAAUCAGAUAUGGCCUCCAUCUACCCUUCCAAUCAAUCAGAUAUGGCCUCCAUCUACCCUUCCAACCAAUCAGAUAUGGCUUCCAUCUACCCUUCCAACCAAUCAGAUAUGGCCUCCAUCUACCCUUCCAAUCAAUCAGAUAUGGCCUCCAUCUACCCUUCCAAUCAAUCAGAUAUGGCCUCCAUCUACCCUUCCAACCAAUCAGAUAUGGCUUCCAUCUACCCUUCCAACCAAUCAGAUAUGGCCUCCAUCUACCCUUCCAACCAAUCAGAUAUGGCCUCCAUCUACCCUUCCAAUCAAUCAGAUAUGGCUUCCAUCUACCCUUCCAACCAAUCAGAUAUGGCCUCCAUCUACCCUUUCAUCCAAUCAGAUAUGGCCUCCAUCUACCCUUCCAACCAAUCAGAUAUGGCCUCCAUCUACCCUUCCAAUCAAUCAGAUAUGGCCUCCAUCUACCCUUCCAAUCAAUCAGAUAUGGCCUCCAUAUACCCUUCCAAUCAAUCAGAUAUGGCCUCCAUCUACCCUUCCAAUCAAUCAGAUAUGGCCUCCAUAUACCCUUCCAAUCAAUCAGAUAUGGCCUCCAUAUACCCUUCCAACCAAUCAGAUAUGGCCUCCAUCUACCCUUCCAAUCAUUGCUUCUUACCCAGCUAUCAGAUUAAUCCAGAACUCCACACAACAACGAGGUAAGAACUAGAAGGUACUAGGAGUCUAGGGACUAAGAGAUUAUGGGCUAGGAGAGAAGGGGCUAGGA